AUGGACGCUAAGAUUUGGGUAUUACUAGCCAUUGUAAUCACAGUUCAAUGUCGCGAUAUAACCGAAGGUUCGAUUAACGGUGGACAUAAAAUAUAUGACGAAAACAAACAAGCAAGUCCGGCGUUAUGGCGACGGAUAGAGAACGUAACGAUUGCGGCAAACGAGAGCGAAAUAAUUAGCGGAAUUAUUGUCACAGAUUUAAGAGAAGAGAAAGAUGGAGAUGCUAAAAUAGUGGAAGGUGGAGAAGGACAGAACAACGUUACCAUUGAACUUAAAAGUCCUGCUGUACUGAGAGGAUUCGACUUCCAUAUUGAAGCUUAUGCCAUCCCUAAAAGUCAACAAAAAUCUACAGAACAUGAAAUUAAAACAUUUCCAUCCGAUAAAUCUACUGAAAAUUCAAAACCAGAAACAAGUUUAAAUACAGAUGCAAGUAUACCUAUUAGUUUAGCUAAAAAUGAAAUAUCUUCGUCUUCGGAAAGUUCCAUAGAAUCGUCCACAAAUAUAGAAAAAAAAAUUAAUCAAAGACAAAAUCGUGACACGGAAAAAAUAGACAAAUCUACUCAAGAAACAAAUCCUGCACAGUCAUUUACAGACAAAAGUACUACAAUCGUCCCAGAGGGCAGAGAAUCACAUACGCUUGUAAAUAAAUAUACAUCAACUCAAGUACCUGAACAAAGACAUGACUUUCAUGUCCCAAAACUUCAAUUACAUGAAUUCAGUAGAAUGCCAGAAUCAACGGCUAGAAAUGUUCCUAUAAGUGACUUAAAAAAGAUGGAAGACACGAACUAUAAUCGAGACCACGAAAUUUAUGGGGAUAAUAAGAGAUAUACACAUGUUGAUUAUCCUCAAUUUACAAACAACCGUGAUAACAAUGAAUUACCAGUACCAGCUAUAGUUAACAUUGAAAUGCCUACCAUAGAAAAUAAUAACAAAAAUAAAAAUUUGCGUAAGAAGCGUGAUUUGGGUAAUGAACAACACAAUCCGGUAAUUAAUGACAAAGAAGGUCUAACAUCUUUUCCCCAAAGAUUAACUAACGAUGAUAAUACUGCUGAAAUUUAUAAAUCAAAUAGUCAAACAGAGGAAUCUAUAAAUGCAGCAACUACAAAAUCAGAAAGGAUAACUGAAAAGCAAGGUAACCUCCAAAAUAAUUCGGAGGUAACAGAUAGUGUUAAAACGGAUAAUUCUGCAAACGUUUCGAAAUUAAUUGAAGAUAACAAUAGAAAUAUUCGAGAUACAACGAUGGUUAAUACAAAUGAUAAAAAAGAAACCUUACUAUCACCCAUUGAUAUUCUCGAUGACUCUAAAUAUCCAAUAACUACUUUUACAGCCACAUCCGACAAGCCCAAAAUGGAUCAGCAAAAUGCACUAAAAAUUAAUGAUAACAACAAAGUCCCACAAAGUAAUCUAAAAAUACCUACUGUACUUCAUUCCGAUACUGAUGACAGUGUAAAUGACGAUAAUACAACAGUGGUUACAGUAGAAACUGAAGAUAUGGAAAGAAAUUCCAGGGAUACAGUGAGUGAUACAAAAAACGAAAUGUUAUCUUUUACUAAAGUUUUGAAACCCACUAAUAAUAUUAACAUCACUUCAAAUCAAAACAAAUCUGUACUAACAACAAAUCUAGAGAAUUUCAAACUUGGUCAAGUGACAGGCGAAACUACUAUUGAACCGCAUGAAAAUAUUGACGUGCCAGUUGAAUUCAAAUAUGGGGUUUCAGAUUCAGCACAUCUUGUUAAUUUAACAACAGACGCUUCUCAAAGAUCUAAACAAAAUGAAAGGAAAACUCGCGAUACGAAGGAAGUCAAUAAAACAGAUAACAACAAUAACGAAAAGCUUUCUCCAAAUACCGAUAUGGAUGUAAGUGCAGAAAUAACUACCAAAACUCAGAAAAUGAACACUGGUAAUAUCGACAGCAAAUCUGCUAUAACAUCAAAGAUCGAGGCUAAGAAAACGAUUACUGAUAAAGAUGAGAAACUUCAACAAAUUCCAAUAGUAGCCACUGUUCUAAAUACCACUGAAAGUAAAAUUAAUCCUAAAUUUGCAAUGAAGAAUAUUCCUCAACAAUUUACUAAAACGGUUUCAGUGAAAGAAAAUAGUCAGUCACCGAAAACUCCUCGAGAUAUCAAGGAAACUGAUACAGUAGGCCCAAAAAAUGCAUCUAUAGAAGAGCUUAACAGCGAUAUACCACGAAAGGACAUUAAAGUUAGCUACACAGAUUCUACAUUUAUUGUGACACCAGCAAGAUCCAAUAAAGAACAGGCAAAAAUACUUAAAAACACAAGUGAAAAUAAUAACAACGAAUCCACAGAAAAGUCAGUGCCCAGAGAAUAG